AUGCCGGCUCCUAGUACAGCUGCCUUGAGCGCAUACCGACAAGUUCUCCGUGCGACCCGGAUCGCAUUUAAAGAUGAUCUGCGAGUGAUGACCGCUGCACGCCAGGAGGCUCGUCGUAACUUUGACCAGAAUCGACGUGUCGGCGUUGACACCGGAAUGCAAAUCAACCACGCCGUCGAAGUGGCCAACAUUCUGCGACACAACAUCGUGCAAGGUGCUCGCGAGGAUGGCGACGAAUCCGCAAAGUGGCAACUCCGAAUUCACGAGGAGAUCGAGCGUGGUGACAACGACUCAAUCAAAGUCGGCAACAAGGAUGUCAAGAUCCACAAGGCGUGCUCAUCCUAA